GCAGCCCAACUGUACUUUGUUGGCUGGGAAGUUGGAGAAGGGGGUAGAGUACAAAUCUAGAUCUGUCCUAUAUAUUUUUUUCCCUUCAUUGAACCGUGCUUUGUAUGAUGUCUGAGAAUGUCCAUUUCUGGGACUCUUAGCAAUUAUUAUGUCGACUCUAUUAUAAGUCAUGAAAGUGAAGACUCGCCUUCAGCUAAAUUUUCAUCUGGGCAAUAUACAAGUUCCAGGCAAGCUGGGCACAAUGAGCAUCUAGAAUUCCCCUCCUGUAGUUUUCAGCCAAAACCUCCAGUUUUCAGCGCCUCCUGGACUCCUUUGAAUCCACAUUCUUCUGGUACCCUUCCUGCCGUCUACCAUCCAUAUAUUCAACAUCAAAGCGUCCCAUCUGAUAGCAGGUAUCUACGGAGCUGGCUGGAUCCAGUACCCAGAGCAGAGAACCUCCCUGGGCAGGGAUCUGUUAAGGCAGAGCCGCUGCUGGGCCGUCCCGGGGAUGUCCAUAAACAGGGAACACAGGAGUACAAUUUAGAAACUUCUGCUGCAAGGGAAGGGAUCGUUUCCAAUCAAAGGCCCAGCUUCGAGGACAAUAAAGUUUGUGAAGGAAGCGAAGACAAAGACAGGACAGAUCAAACCAACCCAGCUGCCAGCUGGCUUCACGCCCGCUCCUCCAGGAAAAAACGAUGCCCUUACACCAAAUACCAGACCCUGGAACUAGAGAAGGAGUUUUUAUUCAAUAUGUACCUGACGAGGGACCGUAGACACGAAGUGGCCAGACUCCUCAACCUGAGUGAGAGACAAGUCAAAAUCUGGUUUCAGAACCGAAGGAUGAAAAUGAAGAAAAUGAACAAGGAACAGGGCAAAGAAUGAAAAAAAAAAACCCACGAAAAACACAAAAAAACAAAAAACAACCCCAAACACCAGAAAAGCGCCAUCUCCCCCUUCCCCCCCCCAGCUCCCAGCCUCCGCGGCCGCGCACCCCCACUGUAGUGCUGCCAAAUCCCCCAAACACGCGGGGAAACCCUCCCCGUUUUCCAUCUCCACCUUUGCAUGCGAGAUGUUGCUUAUUAUUCUCUUUUUAUCUUCUUAGUAUUGCCACAUAGGAGGCAACUUAGCCAAAACUGCAGCUCCUUUUUGGGGACACAUGCUGGGUUUUGUUUCUGUUCUCUUGUUUUCUUUCUCUAUUUUUUUUCCUUUCUCUUUUCUUCUCCCUACAGUGUAACAUAGACACAGGCUCCUGUCUGAGCAGCAGCUUUCUCUGCUUGCAUUUUCUCCAUGGAAAGCAAGACGGUAAACACAACUGGCCACAAACCACCCUGGCCCAAGCCCCCACCAAACCUCGCUGUCUUUCUUUAUCCACGUAAGGACAAUGAUUCUCUAUAGCGUUCACAACACCCCGGCACACACACACACACACACGCACACUCACGCACACACUCACACUCACACUUUGAGGUGGCCAAGGAACCAGACGAUUUAAUUAAACUACUGCAAGACAGACACAUUCGUAAGACUUGCGUUUGAUUGCACCCAACAAAUCAUUUUCAAUUCGCCAACUUUAUACCGGGGUAGUCGGUUAAUGACAGCCCAACUCCCAACCGCGCUGGGUUUUCCCCCCCCCCGCCUUUUUUUUUUCUUUUUAGUUUGUUUUAUUAUGCGGGAUUUUUAUUUGAAUGGUGCCAUGGCAGAUAUGUGACUUUGACCUGAAAGUUUAGUAGAAUCUUUACAGGCAAACCUCCUCAUCUGGUAGUUUUAUACUGGGUCACUUGGAAGAGGAGAAAAGACGGGGAGGGAGGCGAGAGAGUGUGUGGGGGGCACUCUCAGAGCCGCAUUGUAAAUUAUUUAGGAGAAAAAGGGGCGGAAGAACCCCUGCCAACUUAUUCCUAACUUUUAGAGGAGAGGAAGAAUGGGAUUUUCUAGUUAAAAAACUACCUUAGUAGAGCUAUAAGGGAGGGGAAGGUUGUGUUCUUAGUGCUAGCAUAUUUAUAAUUUAUUGUGAAUUGACUUUUCCUAAAGCAGUAGGCUGUUGCAGAGAUAAAGUGCCAACCCUAGCCUGUGUGUAUUUCUUCCCCCUCCUGUUUGCUGAGAUGCUUUUAAUACUUGAAUGUCGGUGGGGUUUUGUUGGGGUGGGGUUUUGUUGUGGUUUUGGUUGUUGCUUGUUGUUUUUUUUUUUUUUUUCUUCCUCUUUUCUCCGCCUGAAGCGAGCUCCCGGCAUGUUUUCCCAUUGCCACCCGCUUUCCUCCGGGGCCCGGUGCCACGCGGGGCCGGGGCCCGCUGCCUCCCCGGGGAAGGAGCCUCGUCCCGCGGGUGGCACAGGGGGAUGCGGCGGCUCCGCGCUGCCCGCCCCCCCCCGCCCCUCAUCCUCAUCCUCAUCCUGAAGAAGCGUUUAGAGUAACAAAUAUAGACCUUGCUGGUCUCAUGUCAUGCCGGCCGGAGCUGAUUUCUCAUCUGACAGAUCCGCUGGAGGUUUCUCCAACCCGCCCGUGCGGGACUGGUUUCCCUUUAUCUCUGUAAGACUUAACUUUG